AUUAGAAUACACGAGUGAAACUAAGGAAGUGAUAACAAGAGAAGCUGCUGACUUAAAUAAACAAAUUCAAGAGCUUGAAAACUUACGUGUUGAAAUCGAAGCUGGUAAGAUAAUCGAAAUAACGUUCAGAGUGUUUUUAACUGUUAUAGAUGGAAAAGUUUUGAAUGUUUUAACCGAUACAAAAUCAAAUCAAAAAUGUCCAAUAGGCCAUGGAACCCAAACUGACUUUGUUAAAGUCACAGAUUAUAACAGCGUAAAAUUUCAUCCUAUCGAUGGAAAUCUAAAGUACGGAAUUAGUCCACUGCACCCCUGGAUUAGAUUUUUUGAGUUCGUACUACAUUUAGGAUACAAGAUGGAAGUAAAGAAAUGGCAAAUUAGAUCGGAGGAAGAUAAAGAUGCAAUUAAGAUAAGAAAAGAGUAUAUCCGGAAUGAGUUGUGGAAAGAACUAAGUCUUCAUGUUGAUGUUCCGAAAGCAGGUGGUUGUGGUUCCACAAAUGACGGCAACACGUCGCGAAGAGCAUUUACGGAAUAUGAUAAAUUUUCGAAAAUUUCAGGAGUAGACACUGAAUUAAUAUUUCGAAUGAGAAUAAUAUUAAUACGUUUAUCUUGCCAAUUUUCCCUAAAUUUGGAUAAAUUUGAAGAGUAUUGCUUUCAAACUGGUCAAUUAUAUCAAAGCAAGUACCCCUGGUUGCCAAUGACUCCCACAGUACAUAAAGUUAUAGUUCACUCAAAGCAAAUAAUGCAGAAUACACCACUUCCUGUUGGUUACUUCGGAGAGGAUGCAGCUGAGUCACGAAACAAAAUAUAUAAAAGCGACAGACUACACCAUGCACGUAAGACUAGCCGCAUUGAUAAUCUUUUCGAUGUAUUUCAUAGAGCUCUUGACACAUCGGAUCCAUUAAUUUCAUCUCUUCGCUUAAAUACACGUGUGCGCCAAAGGAAGCGUUUAACGCUGCCACUAGAAGUAAAGGAAUUAUUGUAUUGUGAGGAUAUCGGUGAAACAUGUGCGACUGAGAAUUUAGAAAAUAUGGAUGAUGACGAGGGCGACGAGGACGAUUAUCCAGAAGAAUUUGAACAGGAAAAUACAUUUUUGGAUAAU